CCCGUGGAGCGCGCAAGGCAGCCCGCGCCCGCGCUUCUCUCCUUUUCUGCCUCUUGCAGGCAGCCAGCAAGCACCGCUGUCCCCGCUAUGUGCGCCCGGCGAGCAGCUUCAGCUGACAGCCCGACCCCCACCGCACUUCCACCUGCAGCCUGCGGGAAGAGGCAGCCGGCACCCCCCCAGCCCUGCACGGGGAGAGGAUGCGGGGCGAGCCGGCCACCUGGACCAUCAUCAUCUCAGGACUAGAAUAAGAAGACACCCUCGGCCGGGGCUGGAGAUCUCAAGAAGGUUAAAAUGAAUGAAGAUACGAAGGUUAAUAUAAGCUGGCUGCCUCAGGAUCAUAUAGACGCCAGUUCUCCGGAGAAUAUCUCGCUGGCAGACUCCUCCCUAAUUCCUGUGCUAGAGCCAGAGCUGAUUGUAAACCCGUGGGAUAUUGUUCUGUGUACAUCGGGAACCCUGAUCUCCUGUGAAAAUGCUAUAGUGGUCCUCAUCAUCUUCCAUAACCCCAGCCUGCGAGCUCCUAUGUUCCUCCUCAUCGGCAGCUUGGCGCUGGCGGACCUCUUGGCAGGGGUGGGACUCAUUGUCAAUUUUAUAUUUGCCUAUCUCCUUCAAUCGGAGGCUGCUAAGCUGGUCACGGUGGGACUGAUCGCUGCCUCCUUUUGUGCCUCGGUGUGCAGCUUGCUGGCGAUCACCGUUGACCGCUACUUGUCUCUUUACUACGCUUUGACGUACAACUCCGAAAGAACAGUCACCUUUACCUACAUCAUGCUCAUCUUCCUGUGGGGAGCGUCGACGUGCGUAGGACUUUUGCCUAUCAUGGGUUGGAAUUGCCUUAAGGAUGAGUCAACGUGUAGUGUUAUCCGACCGCUGACGAAAAACAAUGCCGCGGCCCUUUCCGUUUCCUUUCUGCUCAUGUUUGCACUCAUGCUUCAGCUGUACAUUCAAAUCUGUAAAAUCGUCAUGAGGCACGCUCAUCAGAUUGCCUUACAGCACCAUUUCUUGGCCACCUCGCACUACGUCACCACCCGGAAAGGAGUAUCUACUUUGGCCAUCAUACUUGGGACGUUUGCGGCCUGCUGGAUGCCUUUCACCCUUUAUUCUUUAAUAGCAGAUUACACGUACCCUUCCAUCUACACCUAUGCCACGCUGCUUCCAGCCACAUACAACUCUGUCAUCAAUCCGGUCAUCUACGCCUUCCGGAACCAGGAGAUCCAAAAAGCGCUGUGGCUGAUUUGCUGCGGUUGCAUCCCUGCGAGUGUCUCUCAGAGAGCCAGAUCACCGAGUGACGUUUGAUCGUACAUAUCUCUACGAGUGGUUGGUGUUCGGUUGCCAGGUGGAGUGUUUGUUUGAAGAAAAUACAAAAAAAAAAAGGAAAAAAAGAUCAAUAGGAUUGAGAUCCACUGGGAAAUUUUUGUGCUCGAUAACAUUUGGACAUGACAUUAACAUGAUCAAUCCAUUUCAUAAAUGGAGUUCAAUGUAUUUAUAAAGUCAAAGUGCUACUGUGCAAUAUCUACUUAGAAUUUCGAAAAAAAAAGAGCUAAUGUAUACUGUCAUUCUACUCAGGUUAUGUGGUAUUGAUGACGAUUCACUAUGGAGUCUUUAUUUAAUAACACAGGGCUAAAGCAGCAUGCACAGGUUUUUUUUAAGUUAUGAUUGACAUGGUCGAUUCAGAUUUAGGAGUUUUUUUUUCUAUGGUGCCACUCAUGAAUUUUCUAGUUGUCAAGGCAAUUGAAUAUUUGACUCAAAUUUUAUUCUAUAUAUUUUCGUAAAAUUGUAUUACAUUUUUGUGCUCUUAUGCUGGCCACAUGGCAAUUUUCAGUUGCAAAAACAACUAAAUGGGGGAAAUCCCCUACCAAAGCAACUAAAUGGAGGAAACUCCCACCAAAGCAACUAAAUGGAGGAAACCCCCACCAAAACAAAUAAAUGGCGGGAACCCCCCGACAAAACAACUAAAUGUGGGAAACCCCCCACCAAAACAACUAAAUGUGGGGAACCCCCCACCAAAACAACUAAAUGUGGGGAACCCCCCACCAAAACAACUAAAUGUGGGGAACCCCCCACCAAAACAACUAAAUGUGGGGAACCCCCCACCAAAACAACUAAAUGUGGCAAAUCCCCCACCAAAACAACUAAAUAUGAGAACCCCACACCAGAACAAAAAAUGCGGGAAAGCCCCCCCACCAAAACAACUAAGUGGAGGAAACCCCCCACCAA